AUGGUUGGGGACAAGACGUGGAGACGCAGAGAUGCGAAGACACUUGCCGCGCGAAGUCAGCGGCUUCAAACAUCCACGGCGUCAACGGCGCCAGUGAACGCCACUCAGCUCUUAGAGCAGGAUGAAGUGGACUGGACGACCCGACCGACCGUCGACGUCAAGAAGGACUUCUCCCAGGAGCUCGGCCAUCACAAUUCCAGAUCAAAAGAAGAAAUCGAAGAGAUGCGACAGCGAAGCGGAAUCGAGAUCCUCGAUGGGGACAGCGAAGAGCAUCCCGUCCCAGGCCUCAUCGACAACUUUGACGAGGCGUGCUGGCCGCAAGAAGUACAGCAAGCGUUGGUCGCAGAGGGCUUUGAGGAACCAACUCCGAUCCAGAAGCAGAUCUGGCCCAUCGCAACAAAGGGCCGCGACGUGGUGGGCAUCGCAGAGACAGGAUCCGGCAAGACAGUGUCGUACGUCCUGCCGAUGAUUACCCAUAUCCGGAAUCAGGCGCAGCCGCUGGAAGCCGGCGACGGCCCUGUGGGGCUGGUUUUGGCCCCAACUCGCGAGCUCGCGAGGCAGAUUUUGAGAGUCUGCGAAAGGUAUGGCGGGUUGCACGACAUGAAAUCAACGACGAUAGUUGGCGGCACGAAGAUUGAUGCGCAGAAACAAAUGCUUCAGGAGCAAAACCACAUCAUUGUGGCCACCCCUGGACGCUUCCUUCAGGCCUUGGGUGACGAAUGGACGACGCUGAACCGGUGCACGUUCGUCGUUCUGGAUGAAGCGGACGAGCUUUUGAAGAAAGAGGGGUUUGAGUAUGACAUCAGGGCUAUCAUGACGCAGGUGCGAAAAGAGCGUCAGGUGCUGAUGUUCAGUGCCACGUGGCCCGAGGACGUGCAGAACCUUGCUGGAGAGAUUUGCACUGCGAAAGACGAUGGACCACCUGUCCACGUCCGCAUCGGCGGAAACCGGCUGGCGGCAUGCAAGAACGUCGUCCAGAGAGCCGAGAUUGUAGAUGGAGACGAUGCCAAGUACGAAAGCCUGAAAGAGAAGCUGCAGGAGAUGAACAUCUUCCGAAAGGCUGCUACCCCAGAAGAUGAGUGGCCCGACAAGUGCAUCAUUUUCUGCAGGAGCCGUGCUGGCGUCCAGAGCCUCAAGGACAAGCUUUGGCAGGAAGACUUUUGCUACAAUGAGAACAACGACCUCCUCGUGAGCGAGCUGCACGGCGACAUGCUGCAGAAGGACCGCGACUGGGCCAUGGAGCAGUUCCGCGAUGGUUCCUUGCCCUGCGUUAUCGCGACUGGAGUCCUUGCACGCGGGCACGACAUCCCAAAGGUGAGGUAUGUCAUCAACUACGACAUGCCAAAGAUGGCGGAAGAUUACAUCCACAGGGUGGGCCGCACCGGCCGCGCUGGCAACACGGGCUAUGCGUUUACCUUUGUGAACCGGUCCAACUGGAAGGACCUCCAGUGGGGCCACGAGUACCUUCUUGGCGUGCUCGAGGCCACAAAGCAGGACGUAGACGCAACGCUCAAGGAUGUCAUCGACAACCACGCCAAUCAGGCUGAGUGGCAGAACGACCAAUAUGACAACGACCAAUCUUGGGAGGAUGCUGCAAACUGGAAUGUGGGCUCUUCUGCCAAGGAGGCUUACGUCGCAUCCCUCGACGAUGACCUCAAUGCCGUCAAACCUGAGCAUCAAGCCAGGAAAAUUCUUGGCGAGUAUGCAGAGCAAGGAUCUUUCUAUGGAUGCAAAGUCUAUCAACGGACUGAGUGCCAGGACGACGGCAGCACCUUGCACCUCUACUACUAUGGCGAAGAGGGUAUAUCAAAGGGCUGGUACAUCGGGCCCGCUCUCGGAGGGGAUAUUGUCUAUGCUUGGGCUGGUGAGUCGCACGAUCCGCCAGAGGGCGGAUGGCAUUUCUUCUCCUUGGAAGCGCAGGAAUUUGAACCUCUCAAUGCCUUCAAGAUCGUCAAGAAGACGGAGGUGCAAGGAUGGUUUGACGAGACCCAUGAGGGGUCGUGGGAGGCAGGCCAGGGCCAGAGCUCAACCGAUGCAUGGCAGGAAGCACCUGGCAUGCCUACCAGCACAGAGGCAUACUCAGUCGAAGUGGUCUGGACGAAGGAGCCGACGAACGGACUCAAUGUGAAUGCUGAGGAGUUCAAGAUGGAGGCGGAGUGGCACUACGAUUCUGCGCAGGGCGUCUACCAGGGUGAGCUGCCGCCAGAGAUGGUGGCUGAAGCCUAUGCUCAGCAAGAGGAUGCUGGCAACGCUGCCUGGCCCCAGGGCUAUGAGGCCAUGGAUCCAGCAGCGGCGUACUACCCUUCCGACGCGUACCCGACAGACGUGUCGUCGCAGGCGUUCGACUACAAUGCGCAGGCUUUCUACCAAGCCCAAGAGCACUACUAUGGCCCUGGUGCAGAAGAGGCUAGCUGGGCAGCAAACACCACAACCAUGGAGGCGACUGGGAACGGUUCUCGGCCACCACCGGGCCUGGAGGAGGAAAGGAACCUCACCGGUGCUGUCGUGGUGGAUGCAGAGCCAUUUGUCCUGGCUGACGAUGAAGUGGCAGUGCAGGCUGAUCAGGCUCAGCCCGCAGAGCCAGAGUUCCAAGCAUCGCCCGCGAAGGAGGAGUGCUCACCAGCUGAGUUUUUCGACCCCGAUGCCGAGGAGCGCACGUGCACGGGCUUGGUCGACCCCGAAGAGGAGGAGCAAGCGGGGGCAGAUGCUGGAGACGAGCCAGCAGCAGAGGAUUUGCACCAUCGCGUCCUCGCACAAAUGUUACAGGCCCCGGAGGUUGAGCCGCUUGCCGAAGAGGCUGCCGAACCGACAGCUGAAGAGGCACCGGCUGUCGAGUCCACAGCCAAGAACGCUGAGUCUGCUGAGCCAGACACGGCUGUUGACCAGCCGAUGGCCCAUCAGGAAUGGAAUGGGUUCUGGGAAAACAAGGAUGAGCCAGCCAGCGAGGCCCAGGCCGUCCCCGAAAGCUGCCCAGUCUAUUCGAUCGACAAGGAUCCCAAGGUCGAAGUUGACCCUGGCGUUGCAGCAGAAGUCGAAGAGGCUCCCGAGAACGCUGCUGCUGUGAGCAGUGAGAUCGAAGGCAAGAUGGAGGCGGCUCCCGAGAAUGCCGCUGCCGCUGCUGCCGUGGACAGCGAGCUCGAUGGCAAGAUGGUGGAGGCUCCCGAGAAUGCUGCUGCCGAGAUCGAAUGCAAGAUGGCGGCGGAGGCUCCCGAGAAUGCUGCUGCCGCUGCUGUGAGUAGUGUGAUCGAUGGUAAGAUGGAAGAGGCUCCCGAGAAUGCUGCUGCUGACGUGAGCAGUGAGCUCGAUGGUAAGAUGGUGGAGACUCCCGAGAAUGCGGCUGCCGUGAGCAGCGAGAUCGAUGGCAAAAUGGCGGAGGCCUGA